CGAAUGACUUCGGCUUCUCCGUUGGAAGCUCAUCCUCGAAGUCGAAUCCGAGCUCUGUCUCUCUCUUCCUAUGGCUGCAACACUUUCCUUCUCUCUCUACUUAGAGCCCCAGCACCAUCUCCACCACAAAACUCACCACUCUCUCCAUUUCCCAUCAUCGACACCCCCCAGUCUCAGACACCCACCUCUCGGUUUCCAUAAAUUCGACCGCUUCGCCUUCAGCACCUCAUUCUCAUCCUCCCAGCCCUCCCCUCCGACCACCGCAUCGACCGGGACAGCACCCUCCACUCCGUUCCUCGACGACCCGUACAGGACCGGGAGGUUCUUGACCGAUGAAGAGUUCGACAAGCUCCGGUCCCUCGAGAGCUUCGCGUACGACCGGGAGCUGAGGUCCGGGUCGUUGCGGGUCCGGGUCAUGAGGGCCGAGGAGAUAGACGAGACCGUGAGGCUGCUUGCCGAUUCGUUCGCGGAGUCGAUGCUGCUGCCCGGCGGGUACGUGUCGCUGCUGAGGUUCUUGGUGAAGCAAUACUUGAUCGAGCGGCGGAGCGUGAUGCCGCACGCCGCGACGCUUGUCGGGUUUUACAAGGGUGGGGAAGAGGGCGAGGAGGAGUUGGCCGGAACCGUGGAGGUGUACUUCGACAAGAGAGGCUCGAACGCUUCUCCGCCCACGCCGACGCCUCCGCGUAACUCUCCUUAUAUCUGCAACAUGACCGUCAAAGAGCAGCUCAGGAGGAGAGGUAUUGGCUGGCAUCUACUGAAGGCUAGUGAGGAACUCAUUUCCCGAAUGUGUUCCUCACAAGAGGUGUACUUGCACUGCAGAAUGAUUGACCUUGCCCCAUUUAACAUGUAUACAAAGGCAGGUUACAGAAUUGUUAAGACAGACAACGUUCUGGUCCUGUUGAUACUUCAGAGACGCAAGCACUUGAUGAGCAAGAAACUUCUAGUACUAGACAGUCCUCCGGAACUGCAUAAGUCAGGCCCUGACCAAGAACAGACCUCUUGAUGCAUGCUGAGGUUCCCAUUUGGCAGAUAUUCAUACACCAAGAACCUCUGCUUCCCAUCGGCACAAUAGCCGAUUAACGACACCAGGUUGGGGUGAUCGAGGCGGCUCAAGAUAUCAACUUCAACCCGGAACUCCUGUUCUCCAUCAGCUUCUUUAAAUGGUGGCAGCUCCAUUUUCUUGAUGGCAACUGCCUUCAAGUCCACAUUAAAUAGAAGAUAAUCAUAUAAUGUGUUU